AUGGAUAUGCCUCAUUGUUCUAAAAUUUCUUUAGGCUUGGUGUAGUUUACAUUUGUUGACAACGUUAUGUAGCAUUUCAGGCAAUCAAGAACUCUCCAGACUGUCUAGAACCACUGGUGUUACGAAUUCUACCUCCAAUUAGAUCUGUGCUGGAAAAGCCUCUGUUACAGCCUACUGGUUUAGUUGCUGGCUCUCUGGACCUUCUGAUCAUGCUAUUGAAAAAUUCUCCUGCAGACGUGGUAAAAGCAAUCUUUGAUGCUUGCUUCAACCUUGUAAUUGAAAUUGUCCUUCAAAGUGAUGAUCAUGCAGAACUGCAGAAUGCAACAGAAUGUUUGGCUUCCUUCAUCUCUGGAGGCAAACAAGAUUUGUUAGUAUGGGCUGGUGACUCAGGUCUUGUAAUGAAAGGUUUACUAGAUGCUGCUUCUAGGCUCCUUGAUCCAGAUAUGGAAAGUUCGGGAUCACUUUUUGUGGCUAGCUACAUUUUGCAACUUAUCCUACACUUGCCAUCACAGAUGUCUUUGCACAUCCAUGAGCUUGUUGCUUCUGUUGUUCGCCGAAUGCAAUCAUGUGAAGUAUUUGGGCUGAGAAGUUCUUUGAUUCUUAUUCUUGCUAGACUGGUACAUAGCAGUACCCCAGAUGUCAAUCAGUUUAUCAAUCUAAUGCUUUCUACUCCUGCUAAAGGUUUUGAGAAUGCACUGGUUUAUGUGAUGCCAGAAUGGACUAAACUGCAAGGUGAAAUUCAAGGAGCCUAUCAAAUUAAGGUAACUACAUCUGCAUUGGCUCUGUUACUCUCAACACGGCAUGCAGAGUUAUCUAAAAUCAAUGUCCAAGGAGAUCUAGUCAAGUCUAAUGCAGGCAUAACUACACGAUCGAAAGCUAAAUUAGCUCCUGAGAUGUGGACCAUGAUCCCACUCCCUGCAAAGAUCUUUGCGCUGUUAUCUGAUGCACUAAUUGAAAUUCAAGAACAAGGCUUGGAUGAUGAGGAUGAGGAUAGUGAGUGGGACGAAGUUUCCAACGAUGAAAAUGGUGGUGUGCAAGAUAUACUUCAUCCAAUGGCAGUACCAUCAUCUGUUAAUCCCUCAGUUGAACAUCUUGAUGCCUUGGCGAAGGCAUUUGAUGAUGAUGAUGAUAAUGAUGAUGAAUAUGAUAACGAACUUACUAAAGUUGAUCCACUAAAUGAGCAGAUCAAACUAGCUGAUUUUUUGACAAAUUAUUUUGUCAACAUGUAUAGUACGGACCAAUCACUUUUUGAUUAUCUUUUCCAGAGUCUGGCAGAUGUACAGAAAUCUGUAGUUGGAAAUGUUAUAAACAAGUAGCUUGAGUUGAGAUUUAUUCAUUUGUUCUGGUUCAUUAGUUGAGGAAGAGGUGCCAGCCAAAGUGUUUAAGUGUGGCGGAUGUGGUUGUAACACAGUUUUGAAUGUGACUAUAGAGAACUCAGUAAUUGCUAGAUA